GAAGUCGUUUUAUUUCGCGUGUUGGUAAUCGCCUCGCACACACAUGCGUUGACUCGGUCGGUAACGUUAUUGUGAUCAGUCGUUCUCCAGUCCGCGGUAUCAUUAUCUCUGUACGCGUUAUCCGUUCGCUCGCGCUCGCCGUUUUCGAAUUAUUCCGAAGAAAAAAAACCCAGACCGCAACGUUCCCGAUACCCGUUCGUUUUUGCCCUCGAUACGUGACAAUUUUAUUCCGUUUUGCGGUAUCGUACGCGUUGACCGUGCACGGUGAAAUCGGCAAUACACUUAACGGUGCACCGCUUAUUACGCCCAAAUAUCGAUUUCCAGUUGGCCGGGAAACCGAGAUAAAAUUUUAAACUUAAAUUUUCUAACCAGUACAAUGGGUGAAAGACGUGGUACAAAAGCAUUAGAACUGUGGUGUAAGCGAGUGACACAAGGAUAUGAUGGAGUGUCUAUUGAAAAUAUGUCUACUUCGUGGAAGGAUGGACUUGCGUUUUGUGCUCUUAUUCAUCAUUUUAGACCCGAUUUGAUUGAUUAUGAUAGUUUGAACAAAAAUGAUGUUUAUGGCAAUAAUGAACUAGCAUUUCGAGUUGCUGAAAACCAUCUAGGAAUUCCUUCACUUUUAGACCCGGAAGACAUGGUUUGUGUCGAAAUACCAGACAGAUUAUCCAUAUUAACUUAUUUAUCACAGUUCUAUCAAACAUUUUCAUCACAAGCAACGACUCCAGUGAAAACGUCACCAGAAUCGCCUACCGCAGUUGAGCGACCAAGAACUAAUACAGGAACUAGCCAAACUCCUCCAACAAAGUUAGGUGCAGGCGUUGGUGGUUGUAAAGUUUGCAAUCAGUCCGUGUUUUUAGCCCAACGUCUGCUUAUAUCUGGUCAUCUAUUCCAUCGGACAUGUUUUAAGUGUGCUCGAUGUGGUGCCCUACUAAGUGUGGCAAAUUACUACGAGACACAAGACGGAAAGUACUGCUGUGAAACGUGUCCAGAUGAAGAGCGAAUGGUAUCUCCAUCAGUCGAAGACGGACUCGGAUCAUUGGUUGGUAACCGUAGAGCACUGUUCGAAACAUUGGCUGCUGCCGAUUGUACAGACGACGUUAAAGUGUCGAAAAAAGCGCAGCGACCAGCCACACUUAAAAUGACUGAUUCGAUAACCGAAGAAAAAAUUACUAGUGAUGAUAAUGACAGCGGUGUCAUUGUCAGUGACAAAAAAGAGUCGAGUGAAAUAAAAACGUCUGUGAGUGCUAGUGGAAGUCGCGAAACACUUUCAGAUGUGGUUGUAGACGAACCCAAAGAAGAAAAUUUAGUAGAGUCAGGAGACAAAACAAUUGUUCCUUCUACUGAAUCAAAUAAUAACCCGAUUGUAGCUGACAAUCAACUCGAAUCAAAUAAAUUUAAUCAUGUAUUGCUGUCAGAGGAUCAAAAUAAAUUUAAUGAAGAAUUAAUUGAAAUUGCCCUUGUCGAACCACUUAAUGAUAUUCAGAUUCCAUUAUCAGAUGACUUAAAACAAGUCUUAGAAUGUCCAUUAGCUAAAAAUUCCGAAGACCUAGUUGAAUCUCCAGAAGAUUGUGAAAUUAAAACUCUUGCAAAUAAACUACUUAAAAUGGAUUAUUAUGAGAGUAAUACAAAGGUACCUGUUCCUAGUCCUAGAAAGAAAAUAAAAUCUCCAACAAAAAGUAAUUAUCCUAAUAUUUUGAAUCCUUUUGACGAUGAAGAUGAUGAUGAUGAAAUUACAAACAAACAUCAUAGUAAAAAUCCAUUUGAAUCAGAUUUAGAAGACGAAGUAGAACAAGAAACUAAGAAAAAUAUUAGUUUAAAUCCAUUUUCAAGCGAUGAAGAUGAGAAUGAAACAUUGUCUCAACCUCCUCCUAUGCCCAAACCUAGAACAAUGUUAUCUCCUAUUUUGAAACCUCGUCAUCAAACUCAUCGUAAACAAAGUAGUGCUUCUAGUAUAUCUUCUUAUUCAAACACUCCUAGAAAGAAAAAACCAGCACCAUUACCUCCAAAAUCAAGAUCAUCUCUUGAUUAUUCAAAUAGUAUGCAAACGUCAUCUCCGAAUAGCCUGGAAGAUUCCAGUUAUAGUGGCAGUGAACCAUCAUCAGCCACAAGUAAUCAAGAACGGUAUAGGUUACAUAAAAGUACACAUGGAAAAUGGAAGCGAAAGAAAGGGCCAGCUCCUCAGUGUCCAAUACCACAAAGGAGACGAAUUAAACCUAUGCCUAUGGAAGAUAUCAAACAAGAAUUAAUAGAUAUUGAAAUAAAACAGCAAGAACUUGAGAGACAAGGAGUCAAAUUGGAAAAAGAUAUACGGUUAAAGUGUAAUGAAGAUUUGAACAAUGUUGAUGUUGAAGAAAUGGUGUUGCAAUUGUUUGAAUUAGUUAAUGAAAAAAAUGAAUUGUUUAGAAAACACGCUGAACUUAUGUAUUUACGAAGGCAACAUAAUUUAGAAGAAGAGCAUGCUGAACUAGAAUACCAAAUACGUGUAUUAAUGGCUCGACCAGAACACACAAAAACUGAUACCGAAAAAGCACGAGAAGAAGAACUUAUUCAAAGAUUGGUUGAAGUUGUGGAAAGGCGUAAUGAAAUUGUUGAAAACCUAGAAAAAGAUAGAUUGCGUGAAGCUGAAGAAGAUCGUAGUGUCUUCAAUCAAAUUGGAACUUUUGCUCAAGAUGAAACGUUGCCAUGCAUUAAGUCAGUAGAUAUAUCGAUAGUGAAUGGCAAAAAAACCUUCUCUAAAAGACUGUUGAAGAAUAUCAAAAAGGUAAAAUCAAAAAAAGACAAGCCUGAUGAUUCAUCACCAUCUCAAUCCCCUUCAAAUACCUCACACAGCAAGGGUACUUUAAAGAAGUUUAUGACUUUAGGACAUUCAUCUAAGAAAUUACUGAGGCCUAAAUCCAGUUAGAACAAUAUAUAUUUAUAUAUUAUUUGAAUAAUUCAUUUUGUAUUGAAAUAUAAUAAAAAGAUACAUUUUAUCUAAUAAUUACUGUUAAGAUUGUUAUUUGUCACUUGAUUGUCAAUUAUUGUUAAGCUGAAAUGUAUUCAAAUUUUCUAUCGAUUUAAAUUUCGUGUGAAUUAGCAAUUAUUUGUUAAUAUUAUACUAUGAAUUAAUAAUACCAUUUUUUUUGUUGCGAUUUAAAGGGCCAUGUUAUGGUUAAUUAUCAUAAUGUUUAAAUAAGUAUUUAAACUUGUUAUACACAAAAUCCAGCAUAUUAACUAUGAGCUUAUGUGUGCAUAAUAUUUAUGUAUUUAUCAAUAUUUCAGUUAUGUACUUAACUAUUAUACUAUUAUUUUACAUAGAAUAA